GCCGCCGCCAUGGAAGACGGAGCCAAGAAAGAGCUGCCAUAUGACAUCAUGGAAAACAUCCUCUCUCGGCUGCCGGUGAAGACUCUCUUCAGAUUCAAAUCAGUCUGCAAGUCAUGGUACGCCACCAUCUCCGACGACCAGAUAUUCGCCGGAGUUCAUCUCCGGCAAUCCCGAAACAUGAGUUCCGGCAAACGAGACGUAUUUUUCUGGCUCGAAAAACAAGGCCCGGAUUUCUGGCCAAUUGUCUCCCACCAGCAUCAAUUUCUACCGAAGAAGAUCGAGUCUCAAUUGGAUCCAACCGUGUUGUGCUAUUCGGACGGCUUAGCUCUGCGGCGCUACCACGGAGUCGACGCCGGGAUUUACGUGCUCUGUAAUCUAUCCACCGGGUACCGCGUAAAGUUCGCCUGCCCUUGUCCAAUACACCAUCACCCUCACCAAACGGUUUACGGGAUUAUCUACGACCCGUUGAUCAACGAUUACAAGGUUAUCGUUAUCGAUAAUAACAUGCGCUACGCGGUUUACCAAUGUAGAACCGAAACUUGGAGUGCGUUGCAAGAAACCAACUUUUCGUGGGGCCCGCUAAUCACGGGCAAAGGCGUGUCCCUCAAUGGCGAUUUAUAUUUUAUUCUCAAAACCCUAGAAGAAGAAGAGGAAGAAAGUCGAGGUAGGAUUAAAAUAGUUGGAUUCGACCCGAGUCGCGAAAGUUUCGUCCGUUUGCCGGAGCUAAAUUACACGACGAAGCCGGAUUUCUUCAUGUUCCUGACUUGUUUGGAAGGUUGUAUGUAUGUGUGCAUCAACCACAGCUGUCUGGUGAUCAAAGUUGUUGGCGGGAAACAUGAAGAAAAAUCUUGGCGGGAGUUUGAGGGUUUCCCGCCACUUUCUACGCGACGGAAUGUUGAUACUAUUAAUUGGUAUUAUCCAGGAGGAGAUGAGACUGAACUCGACGCGGGUAAUAAUUAUAUUAUUCGAAUGGGUUAUUAUCGAAUCCCGUAUCUGGAAAAUUUGUUUAUCAGCGAACCCAAACGAGUGACAAGGAAAUUGAGAUGAACAAGAAUUGGUGAUCUUUGAUAUAUGUUAGUGCAGUAAACUUCAAUUGAGAAUUGUUUUGUUUAUAUUUUGAUUGGGUAAAAUUCCCAUUUUAAAUUAUUUUCUUUGGAUAAAUGGGAAUUAUACUAUAGAUUGUUUGUGUUCUAAAUGAUUUUCUUACAAAUUUUUCUAUGAACUCACUAAUUUAUUGCAUUAGUGACUAAAUUUCCUAUGUCAUGUUGGGAAAUUUUUUAUGACCAUUUGAACUUUUGAAGAGACAAAAUCUUAUUGUUACAACACCU